AUGGUUCACUCCCUCUAUGAGGACGGACGUGAAGGGAGCCCCUCUAACCCCGUGAAAUUUAAAGGCCAAGACUACGAGCAGCUCAAGGAAGCUCUCCUCAAUCAAGAGGGGAUGUUUGAGGAUGAGACUUUCCCAGCGAACCUCGACUCUCUGGGAGACAUUCAGGUUCUCACAGACGAGCAGCUCAGUGAAGUGGAGUGGCUUAGGCCGCGUGAACUUCAUCCGGAUGCAGCAUUUAUCAUAGACGGGGCUUCAAGGUUUGACUUUCAUCAGGGAAGAGUUGGAAACUGCUGGUUCCUCGCAUCUAUUGGAGCGUUGACUUUUCAUAAGUCAUUGAUGGCACACGUGGUGCCUCUGAAUCAGAGCUUCAAGGAUAACUACGCUGGGAUAUUUCACUUCAAGUUCUGGAGGUUUGGAAAGUGGGUGGAUGUUGUCAUCGAUGACUUGUUGCCAACACGCGAUAAGGUACCUGUGUCAGUUUCCUCCAGAUCUGAGAAAGAGUUCUGGGCCCCCCUGCUGGAGAAGGCAUAUGCCAAGGUUUGUGGGUCUUAUGGAGACAUGAUCGCUGGAACCCCACCUGAAGCCUUCAAGGACUUCAGUGGGGGCGUCCACACGAACUACAAGCUGUCCAAAAGCCCGCCCGAGCUGUGGGAUAUCAUGAGCAGAGCCUUAGAGUGCAGAUCUUUGAUGGGAUGUGGGUCCUUUUCAGAGGACAAAGGGAAAGACAUCUUUGAACGGUUCGGUCUGGUGCACAGUCAUGCCUUCGCUGUGACAGGAGUCAAGCUGGUGGAGAGUGAGGGGAACAGAGUGAAUCUGGUGAGGAUCUGGAACCCGUGGGGUGAGAAAGAGUGGAACGGAGACUGGAGUGACACGUCAGAACUGUGGGAUACUGUGAGUGAUGAGGACCGAGACCAGUGUCUGAAAGUGCGCGACGAUGGAGAAUUCUGGAUGAAGGUGGAGGACUUCUGCACCUAUUUUGAUGAAAUGGACAUCUGUUGUGACAGCCCCAACUUUGUGGAUGGCGAUGAAUGCCAGUGGAAUUGUUCACUUAAAGACGGCCGCUGGGAGGAAGGAAUAUCUGCUGGGGGCUGCAUGAGUGAUGCAGAGGAGUUUUGGACAAAUCCACAGUAUCGUCUCAAAGUGAAGGCGCUGGAGGAGUGGAGCGAAGGAGACAAGAACGUCUUACUGUCCCUGCUGCAGAAGCCUGAUGAAGAAUAUCGCAGCAAAGUUGAAUAUCACCACAUCGGGUUCUUGAUCUACAAGGUGCCAUCAGAGGCACCCAAAGGGCACCUCUCAUCUUCAGUGCUCCAAUAUGAGGAGCCUGUACUGAUGAGCGACUUUGAACCGGCAAGAGAACUGAUCGAGUUUCACAGUUUGGCGCCGGGGGAGUAUGUGAUCAUUCCCUGCACGUAUGACCCCAACAAAACGGCAAGCUUUGUCAUCACAAUCUACUCCAAGGCAGAGGCUGAGAUAGAGUGA